AUGAAUACAAAUGAACAAUGGUGUGACAAGUAUUCACCACUGACGUCACAAGAGUUAUGCUUACAUCCACGGAAAUUGAAAGAUGUGAAAAAACUACUUAGUGAUGUUAUCAAUAGAGAAAAUAAACAGUGUCGACUCAUUGCACUUACAGGACCAUCGGGCUCAAGCAAGUCAACAACGGUUAAAGUUCUAGCGAAUGAACUAAUUAAAGAAAAACAAAUAGAUUCAGAUAUAAAAUUCAACAGUUUCAUCAAUGAAUCUGAAAACAACGAUGAAAAAUGGAUUGAAUAUUUAGAUACCAUAAUAAGCACGAUCCCGCAGCCACAGCAAUUUUCUGAAUUCUUACAAAGUUGUAAAUACCGGAUUGGAUCGAGCUUGUCAGUGAUUAUCAUUGAAGAACUACCGAAUGUUUUUCAUACGGAAACGUUGAAAAACUUUCGUCAGGCAUUGAGCGAAUGGGUUUACACUAGUGAAGAAGUCGAAUUGCCGCCAUUAGUUUUAUGUUUAACUGAAGUUGAAUUGGACGAUACUAGAAGAGAUUAUUUUAAUAUCGAGAACAAUUUGUCGUUGGAUACUUUAUUGGGAAGAGAAUUUUUAAAUAGUGGGAAAAAUUCAGGAAAAAUUGAAGUUAUUAAAUUCAAUCCUAUUGCAAAAACUUAUGCUAAGAAGGUUAUGGGUAGUAUAAUUAAGCAAGAGCAACAAAGUUUGAAUAAGUUGAACAAGAAACAAAUUGAUGAAUUUUCAAAUAAAAUAAUUGAGACUGGAGAUAUAAGAUCAAUUAUAUCAAAUUUACAAAUGUGGAGUAAAUUACAAUCUAUUAAUAAAGCGCCUAAUUUAAUGGAUGAUAUGUUUUUAAGAGAGAAUCAAAUCACUUUAUUUCAUGCCAUUGGUAAAAUCAUAUUUUCAAGUUCCAAAUAUCAGAACUUACAGAAUGAAGAAUUAAGUGAUUAUUAUUCAAUUGAAUCAGUAAUAAAGAAUUAUAGUAAUAAUGAAUUGCUAACGUUAUCAAUUUUAGAGAAUUAUCAAAUAUAUAAUGAUCUGAAUUAUGAUAUUAAAAUAGCAAGCGAUAUUGUUGAGAAUUUAAGUUUGAAUGAUAUAAUGAAUAAUCUUGACGAAGGUAAAGAGAUUGGAAUGAGAGGAACAAGAAGUAAUUUGAGAAAAGUUGGGGAUACAAAGCAUAAGACCCCGAUGAUUAAGUUCCCCCGGCAAUUCAAGAUGAUGAAGGAGUUUAAUCGAACUAAGAAUGAAAUCAGGAAUUAUCAAAGGUGGUGUAAUGAGUUAAGAGAGAAUUUCCAAACGUUGAAUUUGGUUGACGGAUACUAUGUACCCGAGAUCUUCAAUUCGUUUAAAUAUAAGUAUAAGUAUGGUCGAUCAAAGUAUGAUUAUAAUAGAUUAGGAGGUAAAUUUCGAAAGAUAUUUGCCCAAGAUACUAUACCAAUCGAAGAAAAUGAAGAAGAAAUUGGCACAGAACUUGAUCAAUUCCAAGAAGAUAUCCAGAAACGAAAGAUGAUGAAUGAAAAUACCAAAGAGGAAGAAGUAUUGAGUGAAGAAAUCGAGGAUAGCGAAGAUGACGAAUUUAAUGAUUCACUUGACGGGAGACAAUUUGAUAAUUUAAUAAGCCAAACCCAGAAUAAAGCAAAUAAUGAAGAAGAGAGUGAUUUUGAAAUUCUGGAUGAUCCAGAAUUGGAUUUACUACUUUCCCAAAGAAAUAAAAAGUAA